UGAAUCAGAUUUAACUCAUGGCGAUUUUCAUGAUGGUAAUAUAUUAAUGUCAGAUGAUUAUAAUGAGUUAUUUAUUAUUGACUUGGGAUUAUGUAAACCUAUAAGUGAUUUACAAGAUUCUGAUGAUAAUGAAAUUUACGGAAUUUUGCCUUAUAUGGCGCCUGAAAUAUUAAGAAGAAAUCCCUAUACUAAAGCAAGUGAUAUUUAUAGUUUUUCAAUGAUAAUGUGGGAAUUUACAUCAGGUAAUCCCCCACUUAAUAAUGAAGCACAUGAUCUUGAACUUAGCUUAAGUAUUUGUGAAGGUAAACGUCCCAAAAUUAUGGAAAAUACUCCAAAAUGUUAUAUAGAUUUAAUGAAAAAAUGUUGGGACCCAAAUCCUUCCAAUAGACCAACCAUAAUAAUGCUUGAAAAAAUCAUAUCUGAUUGGGUUCAAUGUAUUAAUAAAUAUUAUGAAAUAAACAGGGAUGGAAAGUAUAAACAUGUAGUACCUGAUGUUUAUAAUCAAUUAAAAAAUGAUAUGUUUGAAUUUGUAAAGGCAAAUGAAGC